CCCUAACCAGCACUAUAGGCUCUGAGACAGAAAGCUACACUGUCAUCCCCAAACCUAGUUCCGUAAGGUAGAAGCUUACCCCAUCAAUAACCUUUCUUGUAAGAUCCCAUAGACAACCCCCACUCACAGCCUUUCCCUGGCCUAUCAGUGACUGUUAGGUCCAGCCUGGAUCUUCAGGGGGCUAAGGGCACGUUCUCGCCAGGCACCCCUUCACCUACCUACAGUGCCUCUAUUUAUGACACCCUUCAGAUGAUGAGGUAUAUGGGGUGAAGAGCUGGGCCUUGUCGGCACCUGGGGCACUGUGAGUGUGGAGACUGGCUCUAGGUUCUUGGGUUGUGGAUUCAUGGGCAAAGAUGACACGUUUAACCGGAAACUUUUACUGAGUGCUAGACCCACUGGGUGCUGGUAGGAACAUCCCAUCAAAGUAGCUAAGCUCCACCAGGGCUUCAGGACUGAGAAGGCAUGUUCUCCAAAGAGAUCCUCCUCCAGGCUGGACACCCUUGGCCCUUGAUUGUGUGUGCCACCUAAGACUUUGUUAUGAAAAAUUAUAUAUACAACACUGAAGUUAAAGGAAACUGUUCAGUAAAACAUCCAUUUGUCCGCCCGCUUUUAUAACUCGAAUUGUGUUAUAUCUGAUCUUGUGUCUAUCCAUUCCUUUCACACACACACACACACACACACACACACAUACCCUGUUUUUUCUGACAGGGUUUCUUUUCUUUGUGUAGCCCAGGCCGUCUUGGACUCACUUUGUAGACCAGGCUGGCCGCAAACUCACAGAUAUCUGCCUGUCUCUGCCUCCCUGAGUGCUGGGAUUACAGGCGUGUGCCACCUCGCCCAGCUUUCACCUGUUUCACUUUUUAGACUGAGGUAUUCCUGACCCAGUCAAAGCCUUUGAUGCCCUACAAAAAUUCAGGCCAACUUACCUGUCGUAACUCUAUGCACAGAAGCACCUUUUUUCCUCUUGCGCUCAGCCUCAAUAACGUGCCGUGGACAGAUCUGGCCCAUGACAAUCUGAGGUCUAGAAAUAGACUUCGUGGCUGUCACUCUUCUGCUACCAACUUCAGGUCUGGGUCUCUUAGUCACUGAGGGCUCACGCACAUUUACCAGAACGUAUGCCUUAGAGGCAGACACACGGGGGUUUGGGUCCCACCUCCCCUCCCCUCGCGCUGAUAAGAGAAUCAGCCUCCGUGGGCAAACCUCUGUCUCCUGUUCCACACUGAGGUGAACGCCAACCUGUUAGGAUUCACAACCUGCCAGAUCAAUCCCUGGCCUUCGCGGCAGUGGUGGCCACACCUGGCCAUUCCCUCCAUCAGUCAUGACAGCCCUACGUCCUGAGCAGGCUCCUCUAUCCAGCACUCCUGGUAGCCCUGGGAAGCUUCAUAGGUCUUGGCUACCGGCUUGACACUCUAGACCUAGUUCAGCCAUAUGUCCUUGGUACUCAGUGGCCAGCACUUGGGAGGUGGUUUAGAAAGCCAAUGGGAAGCCAAGGCUUGGGGAGGUGGAGGUGAGAGCCUCACACCUGGGUACUUGAUAAUUCCAAGAACUUUGGCCAGAGAAAAUAUCUCUUAAGCAGGUGUGGGGCUAUGAUAAGACAACAUAGCUGGCCUGGUGUCAGGCCCAAGACUUCUGCACCAAGGACAAGGAUACCCAUAAGUAAAGCCAGGCCAUUCUCAACUUCAUUCGUUACCAUCCACAAUGCUACUGUUCAGCCUAACCCUUGGCCUGGUCCUCCUUGGCUCUUCUUGGGGCUGUGGUGUUCCUGCCAUCACACCUGCACUGAGCUACAGCCAGAGGAUUGUCAAUGGAGUAAACGCAGUGCCAGGCUCCUGGCCCUGGCAGGUCUCUCUGCAGGAUAGAAAUGGCUUCCACUUCUGUGGCGGUUCUCUUAUCAGCCAGAAAUGGGUAGUCACUGCUGCCCACUGCCAAGUCACACCUGGACAACACUUGGUCAUUUUGGGAGAAUAUGACCGAUCUUCCAAUGCUGAACCUGUGCAGGUGAUAUCCAUCUCAAAGGCCAUUACACACCCUAACUGGAACCCCACCACCAUGAACAAUGAUGUGACACUCCUGAAGCUUGCCUCACCAGCCCGGUACACAGCACAAAUCUCCCCAGUCUGCCUGGCUUCCUCAAAUGAGGCACUUCCUGACGGCCUCACAUGCGUCACUACUGGUUGGGGCCAAAUCAGUACUGUGGGCAACGUGACACCGGCCCGCCUGCAGCAGGUGGUUCUACCCCUGGUCACUGUGAAUCGGUGUCGGCAGUACUGGGGUUCACGUAUCACAGACUCCAUGAUUUGUGCAGGUGGCUCAGGAGCCUCUUCGUGUUACGGUGACUCAGGAGGCCCUCUUGUCUGCAAGAAAGGAAACACCUGGGUACUUAUUGGUGUUGUCUCCUGGGGCACAGAGAACUGCAAUGUACAAGCACCAGCCAUGUAUGCUCGGGUCAGCAAGUUCAACACCUGGAUCAACCAAGUCAUGGCCUACAACUAAAGUGUCCACAGAUCCUUUCCCUGUCUCCGUCCAGUAAAGACACCAGACUCAGUUCUCUUCCA